UUGCUGUUCAGUGAUACAUAACUUAGUUUGACAAAGCUUCUGUCGACAUCGAGAUGGCUGCGUCGAUGAGUCUGCUGUGGGGGGUCGGAUCCACUCCCUGCUGGCGAGUGAUGAUCACUUUGGAAGAAAAGCAGCUGCAGGGCUACAAAAGCAAGCUGCUAUCUUAUGACAAAGAGGAGCUCCAAUCCCCCGAAGUCUUGAAAAUUAACCCAAGAGCACAGCUCCCUACCUUCAAACAUGGUGACAACAUUGUGAAUGAAUCCUGUGGUGCAUGUUUGUACCUGGAGAACCAGUUCAAGUUGCAGGGCACCAAGCUGAUCCCUGACAGCACUGAGGAGCAAGCACUGAUGUACCAACGCAUGAUGGAGGGAGCCAACCUCACAGAGAUAAUCCAUAGAGUUGUCUACUUCCAAUGGUUUUUCCUGAAUGAAGAGGAGAGACAUGAUUCUGCCCUGAAGAGAUUCAGGGAAGCUCUGGUCACUGAGCUCAAACUCUGGGAACGUUACCUUGAAGAGGUGGCUGAAGGCUCAUACCUGGCAGGGGCGUUCUCUUUGGCUGAUGUGGUCGUCUUUACAAACAUUGCUUAUGCUUUCCGUUUUGGGCUUUCCUUUGAACGUUACCCCAUUCUGACCAAGUAUUACAACCUGCUGAAGGACAGACCCAGCAUUAAAGCUACCUGGCCCCCGAGAUGGACUGACAGCCCAAACGGUUAUGAGGCCCUGAAGGAUAUCUGAACACACAUGACUUCA